GCACAGAGACAAGUUGAGUUUGACGUUCCCGUGCGAAGCACCCACCCACCGCCCUACCUCUCUAACAACGUUCACAAUUUCUGCAAUUCCGUUUUCUUGUGACCACCCACCGCUCCUCAUAUUGUGAUGGAGGAGCGGUUGCCGCCUGCGCCGUCGUUGCCACCAGAAUCUCCUCCGGAGAAAAAUGAUCUAAACACGUACGUUGUCCGAGUCCCGAAAGAUCAAGUGUACCGUUUUCCACCCCCCGAGAAUGCUCGGCUGGCGGAGCAACAUCAAGCCUCUACCCCUAAGCAGGCGAAAACGUCACGUUGCUGCUUGUGUUGCAUAGUAGUCUCCAUCGUCAUCUUAGUCCUUCUUAUUGUUCUGGGAGGCAUUUUAGGUGGAAUUUUUUCCAUGUUACUCUCACCAAAGGACCCUCAGUUUUUGGUGGAACGCUUUACGGUGGGAGACACCAAUCACUCAUACAUCAUCACUUUAAAUGUUCACAAUCCAAAUGCAGACGUAGGCAUUUCUUAUAAAAAUAAUAGCAGCGUGAGCCUCUCUUUAGAUGGGAAGCAGAUCGCGAAAGGAGAGUACCCAGGUAUGUAUGUAGACCAUCUCGAUUCGACAUCGCUUGGUGUUCCUUUGAAAGGAUCAACAACUCCUAAGAAGGUGAAGGAAAGCAUGAGUAAUACCAAAAAAAAGGUGCCUCUUACAUUCUCCACAGCCAUUCGCUCUCGAGCACGAAUGAAAAUGGGCUUGUUGAGAAGUGGGACAAUGACUUUCGACGUUUCUUGCAUGUUCAAGUUAGAUACGUUGGUAAAUUCCACUCGCAUUCUCUCUCAACAAUGCCAAACUAAACGACACUAACUAGCUCUUUUCCUUCUCAACCUUUUUUUUUUUCUUUCUUUUCAUUUCUUUUUUUACCCGUUAGUCAUGGCCCCAUGGCCCCAGGAUUAAU